GUAAACAACACAAGCGCCUGUAUCGUCAGCUGCUCGCACGUGUGGAGCUGGCUGUAAAAAACGAUAUUGUAGACGUUGCGGAGGUAAUUAUUCCAACAAUGUCCUCAGUUGAGUCUUUGAGAGAGUUUGUCACCGAGCGACUCACUGCCGCUGCUCAAGAAAUAUUCGGAGUCUUUGAAAAAACUAUCUUCCAGUACGAGGAAGAGGUCGACCGUCAGCGCAGACUGCUGGAUGUCGUUUGGAAACCUGCAAUAAAGCUACACAGGAUAGAGCUCCCAAAGCAACAUGUCUGUAAGGAGGAGGAGGUUCUCUCUGACCAGCAGCUCUGUGUUCAGGAGAGGAACUCCAGUCUGGACCAAGAGGACCCAGAGCCUCCACAGGUUAAAGAGGAACAGGAGGAACUCUGCACCAGUCAGGAGGGAGAGCAGCUUGAACUGAAGCAGGAGACUGAGACCUUUAUGUUGACUCCUAGUUAUGAGGAAAGUGACCACAAUAAAGAUCAGACUCUGUACAUGAGUAGCGAUGAAAAGAGUGUGGUGGAAGAAACACCUCUAGGCUACACUUCAGUUGAAAGCUCUGUAGUACCGGAACCAAACAAGGACCACCAGCUCCUCUCACACAACUCUCAUGCAGAUAAAAGCCAAGAUCAGAAAGGAGGCAAGCAUGGAUACUCUGAAUCCACUAGUAAUGCAGAGCCAAGACCGUUAUUCAAGUGCGACACAUGUGGGAAAGAAUUCAAGUUAAAGUAUAGAUUUUACAGACAUCUGAGAAUCCACACAGGUGAGAAGCCAUAUUCUUGCAACGAAUGUGGGAAACGAUUCAAUCAGAAAGCAACAUUGAAAGGUCAUAUGAAGAUCCACACAGGUGUGAACUUGAAGCCACAUUCUUGCAAAACAUGUGGAAAGACUUUUCGAUUUAAUAGUCAGUUGUUGGUCCACAUGAGAAAACACACAGGUGAGAAGCCAUAUUCUUGCAACGUAUGUGGGAAACGAUUCAGUGAGAAAUCUGCAUUGCAAUUUCAUAUGAAGAUCCACACAGGUGAGAAGCCGUAUUCUUGCAAAACCUGUGGAAAAGAUUUUCGACGUAAUAGUCACUUGGUGAACCACAUGAGAACACACACAGGUGAGAAGCCACAUUCUUGCAACGUAUGUGGGAAACGAUUCCGUGACAAAUCAGAAUUGAAAAGUCAUAUGAAAAUCCACACUGGUGAGAACUUGAAGCCACAUUCUUGCAAAACAUGUGGAAACACUUUUCGACGUAAUAGUCACUUGGUGGGCCACAUGAGAACACACACAGGUGAAAAGCCAUAUUCUUGCAAAACCUGUGGAAAAGAUUUUCGACAUAGCAGUAACUUAUUGGUUCACAGGAGAAGAGUCCACACCGGGGAGAAAUCGUUCAUCUGCAAGACCUGCGGGAACAGAUACCUUACGGCGAUUCAAUUGUCAAGGCAUGUAAGAUGGCAUACAGACAAGUAGCCUUGUCGUUGGAAAAUACAUGGGAGCUAACUCAGUUCUGAGAUGUGUAAAUAUAAAAUCCACUGCAAGAAACUUAGGAGUUCUAUUUGAUUCCGAUUUCAGUUUCAAACCCCACAUCACAAAAGUAGUCCAGUCCUGUUUCCUUCAAAUCAGAACCAUCUCCAAAAUAAAACCAAUCCUCACUCACCCUGAACUGGAAAAAAAUCUUCCAUGCAUUUAUCUUUUCAAGACUGGACUACUGUAACUCCCUCCUCUCUGGCAGCAACCACAAGUCACUCUCUCGCCUCCAACUAGUUAAGAAUGCAGCAGCCAGGCUUCUUACUGGUUCUAACAGACGACAUCACAUCACCCCAAUCCUGGCUUCUCUUCAUUGGCUCCCUGUUCGUUUUAGAAUUGAUUUAAAGAUUUUACUGAUCACUUUUAAAGCACGUCUGGGUCAGGCCCCAACAUACAGUGGGUACGGAAAGUAUUCAGACCCCUUUAAAUUUUUCA